AUGGUAUCUUUAUGGGUUUACAAUGAUCAAGGUGAUAAUCGUGAAAAGGCAACUAGAUUAAGCAUCAUGAUUGAUGCUGGCAUUGUACUCGAGCGGUCUCAAUCCUCUUCGGGAUUGUUCGGCUGUAACUUCGCGUACUGCCACAGUUGGCCAGAAAUUCUGUACGUAUCUCGAGUUUGGCUGAGGCUGCUAGCUGGCAGUCAAGAAGCAAAAAUGGCAGCAGAUGGUGAUGAUGUGAUAUCUGAUGUAGAAAAGGUGCGGAUAGUAUCAGAUUUUAUACUACAUUCCCCUCCUGGAGAAUUUAAUGAAGUUUUCAAUGAUGUCAGAAUUCUACUAAACAAUGAUAGUUUAUUAAAGGAAGGUGCUUCUGGAGCCUUUGCGCAUUACAACAAGGAUCAAUUAACUCCAGUAAAAAUAGAAGGAUCUGACCAUCAGGUACUGAUAACUGAACACAAUGACCUUGGAAAUGGACGAUUUGCUGAUCCUAGAUCAAGACAGAGUUUUCGAUAUGAUCACUUGAGGAAAGAGGCAUCAGAGUAUCAGCCAUGGGAACCUGAUCAAGUUGCUGAGUCAUGGAGAUCUACUUUGGAGUCAGAAUUUACGGUCUACACUUCCAGCCAUUAUAAACAUGGAAUAUGUAGUGUGUUUGGCAAAAGUGAUGGUGAUGAAAUUACCUUAACUGCUUGUAUAGAAGAUCAUCAGUUUCAACCUAAGAAUUACUGGAAUGGUCGUUGGCGUUCUCAGUGGGUCAUCACUUUUACCUCAGGUACUGCUGAAUUGCGAGGAUUAUUGAAAGUUCAAGUUCAUUAUUAUGAAGAUGGCAAUGUUCAGCUUGUUAGCUCUAAAGAUGUUAAAGAGGUGCUUAAUAUAAGUACUGAACAGCAAACAGCUAAAGAGUUCCUGAGGAUAGUUGAAGAAUCAGAAAAUGAAUAUCAGACAGCCAUUUCAGAGAACUACCAGACUAUGUCAGAUACAACAUUUAAAGCGCUACGGAGGCAGUUGCCUGUUACUAGAACAAAGAUUGAUUGGAAUAAAAUAGUGUCGUACAGUAUUGGAAAGGAGUUGAAAAGCCAAUGAUGACAUUCUUGUUGUUUUUAGUUUGAGUCAUUUAUACAAUGGAAUUGAUCAUUGGAGGGGUUUAGAGUCUUCUUUCCUUUAUCCACUUAAGUUUCACUGCCAUUAAUGAUUUAAUAAAAAAUUAUAUUUUAAAUUUAAUAACCCAGAUGCUUCCAUAUUGUAGUAUACUACAUAUCUUAUGUGUGAUAAUACUUCUGGCUGUUGGUUUUUGAAGCAUAUUUUUGUGUUAAAAGUACAAUAGAGAAUUUUAAAAAUUAUAUUACUGACACUAUGUUCAGCUAAUGUGAUUUUAGCAAAUAGUUUGGCAGCAAGUGAUGUUUUAAAUAACUGUGUUCAACAUCUGUACAAACUAUACCAGUGAAAGUAUAAUGAACUGUACAAUUUCAAUGAAGUGUGUUAGAGACAAUAAGCAUCUAAAGCUUAGGUCUAUUGAAACACAUGGAGUUCCUUUUAUAUUAGGUAAAAUUGUACAGUUGGAAUCAUGUUGACUAGAAAAAAAUUUUAUGUGAAGAAUAGCAGAGAUUUUUCCAUUGCAGAGUGGUUUCGUUACUUCUAUUGCUGAAUUCAUGUGAAAAGCAGAUAUAUAUUAAAAUGUUGAAAAUUGCUCAUUUCUUAAUGAAUUCCUCGCUGCUGUGUUUUCAGACAGAUUGCGACUGGUUGCAUAUGUUGAGUGCUUAUACUUGAAGUGUGUUUAUCAAUUUGAACAACAAACCACAUAAAGAACAUGAUGUUUCUAAGAGUAUGUUCUGGGUGGAAGAAACUGAAUGCAAUCUGUUGUGCCAUGUGCAAGUGUGUGAGAUAACAAAGGCUUCCUUAGUUUUUAAUUAAAAAAAAUGCAAUUGAUGGGGUUAAGACUGUUGUCUGGUUGUUAGUAGUGCCUCAUUUGGAAGACUUUAGUGACGGUUCUGGUCGUAUCUGGUAGUUGUAUCUUUCUAAUUUUAAUCUGACUUUGCACCAUGAUCGCCUUGAUAAUUCUGGGCAUCUUUGUAUUUCUUUUUAAAUUCUUUAUCCAGUGUCACAUAGUUACCCUGAUUGGCAUAAUGCAUAAGAUUCCUCAUUUUAAACUUUUGAGUAAGAAUUCUUAAUAAAUCUUUCUUGUAAUAUGUCUGUUGGAUUAUAGGUUCUCUUGUGUGUUUUUUGUGUGUGUUUUGUGCUGUUAUGAUCCAGAACAUCCUGUGUGGUCAUGCGUGCCUUUCAUCUGGUCUGCAAAUUUACCAAUUAGAGUUGAUCUUUAUAAAUGUAGUUGAGAAAUAAAUCAUGAAUAUGCAAAUUCAUGUCAUCUGAUAACUUCUGACUUGAAAGAAAUUGAUAUAUUUAUCAGUCAUGUUAACUUUGGCAUUAGUGCUAUUGUAGAAAACACCUCCAGGAGUGGAUGCAGAAAUGGGGUUUAGGUAGUUCUACUCCAAAAUGGAACGAACAAGAAAGAAGAAAAUAUGGUUAUCCUGGAAAGCUCAGCUUUAAAGCAAUUGUUGGUCAUUUUUUAACAUAAAAAUGUGACAUAAUGUAAAUAAUGGCUUAUGAUGCAGUAGAAGACUAUUUAAGCUGGUUUGGAAUAGCAUUUAGUUCUACAUUGGUUCCUGUGGUAUAAGAUCAUCCCAUUUCAACUGUACCAUCCCUUUGUAUGGAAAAAUCUACAUAUGUAAUUGUGGAUACUUAAAGGAUAAAGUCAUCUGUGUAAAAGUUUAUUUAUUAUGUUGUAGGUAAAAGGGGAGCAAAUUCAUAAUAGAGCACGCUCAAGCUAUAAUUCCAUGGUUAUUCUCUACACGUGUAUAAAAGCAAUAUCAUUUAAAUUGAUCCAUAAAUUGUUAUUGUAUAUUUAAGCCUGAUUAUCUGAGUUUUCCUACAAUAAAUGCAUGCCUAAUGUUUUUGUUUCAUAUUGAACUGUUUUAUUAAAAAUGGUUUAAUUUAUUAAGACAAUGCCCCCUUCAAUCAGGUGAGAACAAUAUUAUAUUCCAAUAAUGUAGUAUGGUUGGAAGCAAAAAUAUGUCAUUUAAAUAGUUAAUGUGGAGUCUUAUCUUCUUGAAACUAAAAGGAUGAACAAUGAAAACGGUGUAGGUUAGUAAAGUGUAGUUUUGUGGGUUGUCAGGGUUCUUCUUUGCUUUGUCUAAUAAUAUAAAGAUUAUAAAAUUUAAUAGUAAAGAUUUUGUAGCAUGACCAGAUUUUCAGACCAGACAAUUUUUUGACCCCUGGGCCAUGUGAUCAAAAACAGCAGUGUAUAAAACAAAGUGAAUUAAUGUGGAAAAUAGUAUAGUGGUGUAAUUGUGAUUUUUAACUUGCUAAAGUGCAGUUUAGUUCUCUUGCAGACUCUGAACCUCCUCAUGGUGUGGUGGCUGAGGAAUGUUUGUAAAUAAAUCAUCUUCAAAUAAUGAGCUGUUAAUGAUUGUUGAGAUAGUUUUUAGAUACAUAAUUUGAUCACAAUCAAAUAAACAAUUUUUUACAUAUUUUGGUAGAGGAGGAUGUUAUUCAAGUGGUGGAUAUUACUUUUUUUAAAUUUCUUAAGUAUUCCCUUGUGCUUGUACAAGAUACUUUCCUCCUCAGAUAUGUCGUGUGUCCAAAAGUGAAGCUGACUGUUUGUGUGCAAGGUGAAUAAAAGGUACUUCUCAUAAGCUGAAUUAUGUUCAGCAUAACCCUUAUAUAUAAUAUUUGUUAAUUUUUUUGGCAUUCUGGACCUUCUAACUGCCUUAAAAUACAGAAUACAAUUACAUUGCAGAUGAGUGCAUAAUUAUUAUAAUGUUGAAUAGUUUCUGUUUAUCUGAAGUUGAAUAGCUUGUUUUGAAAUAAAAUUUAGAUAAAUUACUAGUUA